CCAAAUUCCCGAAACGCUAGCGGCGGCGGCGGGGUGGCGCAGCGGCGGUGACCGGGCGGCUGGUCGCUGUUUGCUGGGGCGGGGAUUGCGGGCGGCCGCUGGGGCAGGGCGUGGAGACGGCCGCUGCUGGCGUGCAGGUCGGGCAGUCGAGUACAGAGCGCUCAGCAAAGGGUGUCCGGCGGUCUGCCAUUCCGCCGAUUGGAGCAGAGCCAGUGAGCCAGUGCCGAUUGGAGCCUCCACAGCCGGCUGGGCGCUGGGCGGCACCGAGAGGCCAAGGCACCGGGAGAUUGGUGAUUGCAGCAGAGCCAGCCACCACUCCACCUGUUCUGUCCACCAGCACCACUGAAUUGAAUUUUAUCUGCUCCUGAAGUUGGCCUCCGUUACCUCCAUGUCGAGGCUGCGAGCUCUGUGGCAGGCUUCCUUUAACGCCACAAAGAGAGCUCUUGUAUGGAGUUCAGAUGAUCUAAUUCCACCAACUGAAAGAUAUAUCUUCAAUUUCAACUCAAAAGAUGAGCUGAAAAGGUGGCAUUUGUACUCAGAUUCAGAGUAUGGAGGUUUGUCUUCUGCAUCCUUGGAAAUAACUGAUGGCACUUCAGGUGGAGAUACUCCAUUAACUGGUGUGUUUUCUGGUAAUCUUUCUUUGGAUAUGUCCGAGGAAUCAACAUGGAGGAUCAGGCGCUAUGGAUUCUGUGGGAUGCGAUCAAAGAAGUUUGAUGGUUUCAUUGACCUUGAUGCAUAUGAUACAAUAGCAAUGAAGAUCAAAGGGGAUGGAAGAUGCUACAUAUCUACCAUAUACACGGAGAAUUGGGUGAAUUCACCCGGACAACAAGAAGACAACUCAUGGCAGGCUUUUGUGUACAUAUCCCAGGACAGAUGGCAAGUCUUGAAGAUCCCUCUUGAUCGCUAUUUACCCACAUGGAGAGGAAAUGUGAUUGAGGCAAAGUUGGAAAUGAACCCUGCUCGAAUCGUGGGGAUGUCUCUCUCUGUAAACGCAGAAGGCGGUGUUCCUGGUGCCAAGACUGGGCCUGGUGAUUUUAGGCUUGAGGUUGAUUGGAUCAAGGCGUUGAGAACACUCUGACCUCCACAAGCCAGUCUUUGCACUGCUUGAUUGAGUUUCACAUCGGCCUUUUCCUUCUCUUCUGCUUCAUCCCGCUCCUGCGCCGCUGAAAUUUUUAUCAGCCAACCAAAACCACAGGAGUAACCAUAGCACUGAUUGCCAACUCAUGUAUGCUCUUUUUGGUGUAUGAAAUAUUUUGUUUUGUACUAGUAGCGGCUUCUGCAGUUCGGCACCAAUGAAUAAUGGAUUUUUUUUACCUUUGAGGUUUAUGAAUAAAAAAGAAUGAUCGAAGAAUGGAGCAUUUA